CACCAAUCAGUUUGCUUCUCCUAAACCCUACAAUUAUAGAAUUUCUAGAGCUGCUCUGGGGGAGAUCCAGAUUCAAGGGAAAAAAAUGAAUGGGGUGGGCCUGGGCCCUGUUGACCCAAAGGGUGGGGACUUAGGUUAGCUCUGGGCCAGGAGGGCUCUGGGAGGUGCUUCUGGGUUAAGGGUUGGUCUUCUUGAACAUCGGAAGUUGGGGGAACCACAUCCUGGUCUCACCUGCCCACCCACCCACCCUGGUGUUACCAGGCAUUUAAGCCCUACCUUCUCUCUCAAAUACUUAGGCAACCUGCUCCCACCUCCUCGUGACCCAGAUAUCACCAUCAGCAGAAGCCUCUCUCCUCAGAGAGGCAUGCAUUUCAUGCCCAAGGUCCCAGGCGGUUGAGGUUCUUGGCAAGUGAUAUGUGAGUCCUGUGGGUCAUAGAAAGCUUCCCACCCUCAUCGUCACCAAAGGCCUUCGAGACCAAAGACCAUUCCUCCUCCGCUCAGACCUCACUGCCCAGGUUCCCUUCAACUGGAAUGUCCUCCGGCACAGCCCAGAUGAUGGUGCUCAUCUUUAUCGCGGUCCAUCCAGAAUCCUGUGCUCUCUGGGUGUCCCAGCCCCCUGAGAUUCGUACCCAGGAGGGUGCCGCUGUCCUCCUGCCCUGCUCCUUCAAUGUCAGCCAAGGGAGACUGGCCAUUGGCUCUGUCACGUGGUACCGGGAUAAGGUGGCCCCAGAGAAGGAGGUGAGGAACAGGACUCCAGAGUUCAGGGGCCGCCUGGCCCCUCUUGCCUCUUCCCGCUUCCUCUGUGACCACCAGGCUGAGCUGCAGAUUUGGGACACCCGAGGCAGUGACGCCGGAAUCUAUGUGUGCAGUGUGGAGGUGCUGGGCCUGGGUGUCGGGACAGGGAAUGGGACCCUGCUGGUGGUGGAAAAAGGACCUCCUCGGCUAGGGGCCCUCACAGUCCUCCUCCUUCGGGCUGGAUUCUAUGCCUUCAGCUUUCUCUCUGUGGCCAUGGGCAGCACCAUCUAUUACCAAGGCAAUUGUGAGUUAUGGAGCCAUGGCAAUGGAAGAGAUGGAGGGGCAGUGAGAGAGCUGGAGGAGGAGGAGACCGAGAUCAAGAAGAGAAUUGACUCUGGCCAUGUCACCACCAGGCCACUGUCACAUGGGAACACACUGCCACAGCUUGGAUGGCCUCUGCUAAGUGAUUCCAGACCCCAGUGAUCCCAGUGCUCAUCAGAAGACCCCAAUAAAUCUCUCUCUCUCCCACCACUA